UAGUUUCGCAGCGAGCUUCAUCAAGUGCCCAUCGGAAUCUGCACUAUCGUGUACAAAAUGGCACGUUCGAUAAGUCCUGGAGGCUACGGAAACUACGAAGACGAUUCAAUGUUUCAAAAUGCGGCCUAUGCCCAUGAUAUCAGCGAACAGAUGCGUGUUCCGAAACGGAUUCGUGCAACUGGAGAUUAUUACGAUGAUCAGGAUCUGCUGCCGAAUGGGAACGGUGAAAUUAAUUCCUGGAACUAUCACAACAAAAUCGAUAUGAACGUUCCGGAUCGUAUCGUGGUGCUCGGACAAGAUCAGCAUUUGGGCACCAAAUCGGCCCCCCGCGAGAUUAUGCUGGAGAAUUCUAUCUUACCAAAGGAUCCCGGAUUCGUGCGCGUCUCGACACCACCGCGAGUAAUAACACUUUCGGAACAUCACUUUCCCUCGGCUUGGGAGGAGCCGGAAGAGAAUGCCAAAGAUAACAACCAGGAGGAUACGUACGGGCCACCUUCAUUAGAGUCGGUCGAAGAUCCUAACAGCAGUAAUGCUUACUUUUCGAAGCCAUCUUUCUCGCAUGGCAGGGAGCAUACCAAACGUUCUGCUUUUGCAAAGACAAACAAUGAACUCACCUUAACAAGAAGCAUGCGCGAUGAAACACCAACAUUUGGUGGCAGUGUUGAAAAUUUGACACCUUCGGAGGAACUUACAAACCUGCGGCGCCAGGUGGCAAAAAUAAAUCGCCGACUUUUAUCGAUUGAGAUAGAAUCCGUGCAGAGGCAGCAGCGUGAAAAGAUCAUCUGUUGCGUCGGAAUGGCGUAUCUCCUUUUCAAAACAUUCAUGUGGCUAAGCCGGAAGUAAGUCUAGGUUGCAAUCAGUGCAAUAUAUUUCUACGGUAGCCAUUCACGUGCCACCGGUAAGCUUGGGUGCAUAAUGUAACUAUUCCAUAAACUGGAACAAGCACAAGCAUUAAUUCGACGAAACGUGUUGGUCAUUUAAUGGAAUGGUGCGUUGAAUGAGACUAGGUCUUUGGUACUACAAAACUGCUCGCAUUAAUGAAAUGAUUUAAUGUUGCUUCGGAGAUAGUUGUUCUUCUUUUAUGUGAAUAUACGAAAAGCUGUGUGAUGAGGUGUUGGUAGUGAGAAUGCGAAAUAGAAUCAGGAUUAAGUUAUGGGGCUAAAACAUGAUUUUUCCGAAGGAUGAAAAACUAAAGUAUUUUCAUAAGUGUGCUAGUUGGUUAGAUUUCCCAUUUCAAUUUCUUCAGCAGUAGGAAUUACAUUUAGUAUUUUUUACAAUUUUCUACCUUAUUUUGAUCAUGAUGGUUUUGUAUCAAUGAUAAAUGAUUUCUUUUAGGAUAUUUUAUAAAACUUAUUCACGUGACCGAUAUGAUAAAACAAAACUCACAUGUAAUGUAGCAUCCAAAUUUGCAUAAAAUAU